AUCAAUCACGUACGAAAUUGACAACUUUCCCGGAGCCUCUUUGGUGAGGAAAAACUAAAAACUCACCUUUUGAGAAAGAGAUGCAAUUGCUUGCAGUAUCAAUCAAUCAAUCAAUAUCAAAUCAGACGAGAUGAUUCAAAUCAGAUUAGACUGUUGUGCCUUCUACCAAUAGCGAGCGAUACAUCCGCACCUAACCACGUACUCUAAGAUGACAGAGGACAAAUAUGAAUACGUAUCCUACAAGGCACCAAAGACUAUAGUAGCCGAAACAGUGUACCAUUUUUUUCGAGGUGGUCUCUAUGGUGCAGCAUUUGGAAUGGUAGGCUUUAAACUGUUGGUGAACGGGAGUUUUGUUGAACAAUACCGAUUGCCUCUUUAAUGACACUCCUCUCGAAUAAUCUUACUUAUGUUUGUUUAGGUUACCCCAUUUUACGAAGCUGGAACGAAGGGUGCAAUGCAAGAGGCAAAGACGGGUAUAUUCAAGCCGGCUCCAGUAUUUGGGAGCCUAUCCAGUGUUCCCUCAAACGCGCUCAUAUUUGGUUCUUUGUUGGCUGUUCAACGAUUUGCGUGCAAAUCGACGGAAUUCUUGAGGGGGAAACAGGAUCCGUGGAACGAUAUUGCCGGUUGUUUCGUCGCGUAUCCGUACUACCAAACUUGCUUGACAAAGCAUGCCGUGUUACAUAAUCGAGUCGUCGGAGGAAUAUUACUGGCGUCGAUUGCCUUUGCCAAUAUUCCGUGAUUAAUUCGUUCAACUAGAAUAAUCAGAAGCCAUCUAA